AUGGCCUCACAGUCCACCAAUACCCUUCAUCCACCGCGCCUUGCGCCCAUCUUCGCGGGCACACCGAGCAUACCCGGCACGCCCGUCCACUCCAUCCAGACGAUGAGGAGGAAGGCGGCUGGACACAGUGGCCCAUUGACCAAGAUCCUUGUCGCCAAUCGCGGUGAAAUCGCCAUUCGAGUCUUCCGUACCGCUCAUGAGCUUGCAAUGCACACCGUCGCGAUCUUCUCGUUCGAGGAUCGCUUAUCAGCCCAUCGUCAAAAGUCCGAUGAGGCCUACCAAGUCGGCAAAGGCCUCACUCCCGUAGGUGCCUACCUUGCUCAAGACGACAUUAUCAGGAUUGCCCUCGAGCAUGGCGUCGAUAUGAUCCAUCCCGGGUACGGCUUCCUUUCCGAGAACGCAGAAUUCGCCAGAAAGGUCGAGCAAGCUGGCAUUGCUUUCGUUGGGCCCACCCCAGAGGUUAUCGAUGGGCUUGGAGACAAGACCAAGGCAAGGACGCUCGCGAUGAAAGUCGGUGUACCUGUCGUACCGGGUACCCCAGGUGCCGUUGAUAGCUACCAGGAUGGCGAGGCCUUCAUCCAGGAGUACGGCUUCCCCGUAAUCAUCAAGGCCGCGAUGGGCGGUGGUGGACGCGGUAUGCGCGUCGUCCGCGAACAGUCCGACUUCAAGACUGCCUUCGAACGUGCCGUCUCCGAGGCUAAGGCCGCUUUCGGUGACGGCACAGUCUUCAUCGAGCGUUUCCUCGAGCGACCCCGCCAUAUCGAAGUGCAGCUCCUCGCUGACGCCGUCGGAAACACCAUCCAUCUUUUCGAACGUGACUGCUCAGUCCAGCGGCGUCACCAAAAGGUCGUCGAAGUUGCCCCGGCCACGCACCUCCCAGAGGAGGUUCGCCAGGCUAUUUUGAAUGACGCGAUCAAGCUCGCCAAGAGCGUUGGGUACCGGAAUGCAGGCACUGCUGAGUUCCUGGUGGACCAGAUGGGAAGGCAUUACUUCAUCGAGAUCAACCCGCGUAUUCAGGUCGAGCAUACAAUCACAGAGGAGAUAACUGGCAUCGAUAUUGUGGCUGCCCAGAUCCAGAUCGCUGCAGGCGCAACUCUCCCCCAACUCGGCCUCACGCAGGAGGCUAUCACGAAGCGCGGAUUCGCUAUUCAGUGCCGUAUCACGACAGAGGACGCUGCUCAGGGAUUCCAACCAGACACGGGAAAGAUCGAGGUUUACCGUAGUGCUGGCGGAAAUGGUGUGCGUUUGGACGCAAGCUCGGGUUUUGCUGGCGCCCAGAUCACACCCCACUACGACAGUCUGCUCGUUAAGUGUACUGUCAGCGGAACAACCUACGAGGUCGCUCGCAGAAAGAUGCUUCGCGCCUUGGUUGAAUUCCGUAUCCGAGGUGUCAAGACCAACAUCCCCUUCCUUUUCCGACUCCUGACUCAUGAUAUCUUCAUCGGAGGAAAGACCUGGACCACGUUCAUCGAUGACACGCCUGAGCUCUUCAAGCUGGUACAGAGCCAGAACCGCGCUCAGAAGUUGUUGGCAUACCUCGGAGACCUCGCAGUCAACGGAAGCUCUAUCAAGGGACAAUCUGGCGAACCUGGCCUUAAGACGGAGAUCGUCAUUCCUCAACUCCAGAACAGAGACGACCCAAAUGGACCACCAAUCGACACCACCUUCCCGUGCCAAGUCGGAUGGCGCAACAUCAUUGUCGAGCAUGGCCCCGAGGCGUUCGCAAAGGCCGUCCGCGAGUACCCCGGCACGCUCAUCAUGGAUACCACCUGGCGUGAUGCCCACCAGUCGCUCCUUGCCACCCGUCUCCGCACGAUUGAUAUUGCAAACAUCGCGAAGGAGACGAGCUACGCGCUGGCGAACGCGUACAGUAUUGAGUGUUGGGGCGGUGCGACGUUUGAUGUCGCCAUGAGGUUCUUGUAUGAAGAUCCUUGGGAGCGUCUGCGCACCCUCCGUAAGUUGGUGCCCAACAUUCCUCUCCAGGCUUUGGUCCGUGGUGCCAACGGUGUUGGCUACACUUCAUAUCCCGACAAUGCCAUCUACGACUUCUCGAAGAAAGCUGUCGAAAAUGGUCUUGAUAUUUUCCGCGUCUUCGACUCCCUGAACUACUUUGAGAACAUGAGGCUGGGCAUCGACGCCGCGAAGAAGGCUGGUGGCGUCGUCGAAGCCGUCGUUUGCUAUAGCGGAGAUGUCGCAAACCCCAACGAGAAGAAAUACACCCUGCAAUACUACCUUGAUUUCAUCGAUCAGCUCGUUAAGGAGGGAGUUCAUGUCCUCGGUGUUAAGGAUAUGGCUGGCUUGUUGAAACCCGAGGCGGCGAAGAUCCUCAUUGGCGCCAUCAGGAAGGCGCACCCCGACAUUCCCAUCCACGUCCACUCCCACGAUACAGCGGGCAUUGCGGCUGCGAGCAUGCUCGCUUGUGCUGCUGCUGGUGCCGAUGUCGUGGACGUUGCCAUUGACAGCAUGUCUGGGUUAACUUCCCAGCCUUCAAUGGGCGCAGUAUGCAUGGCUUUGGAGCAGACCAAUUUGGGAACCGGAAUCCGCUAUGAGGAUAUUCAAGCUCUUAACUUGUACUGGAGCCAAGUUCGCUUGCUGUACCAAUGCUUCGAGGCCAAUGUCCGUGCUUCAGACUCCAGUGUCUUCGACCAUGAAAUGCCAGGAGGACAGUAUACCAACCUUAUGUUCCAAGCCUCACAAUUGGGCUUGGGGACACAGUGGACGGUCAUCAAGCAGAAAUACAUCGAAGCGAACGAGCUCUGUGGCAAUAUUAUCAAGGUUACGCCAUCUUCGAAGGUCGUUGGUGAUUUCGCCCAAUGGAUGACUUCGAACUCCUUCUCGAAGGCAGAUGUCCUUGCUCGGGCGGACCAACUAGACUUCCCAUCGUCUGUUGUUGAGUUCUUCCAGGGCUAUCUUGGACAACCCGUGGGAGGCUUCCCGGAACCUCUACGUACGAAAAUCAUCAGGAACAAGCCCAGAAUCGAUGGACGUCCGGGUGCCACCAUGGAACCGCUGGACUUCAAGAAGAUCAAGGCAGAGCUGCGGAGCAAGUUCGGAAAACAUAUCACAGAUGCGGACGUUACCUCGUACGUCAUGUAUCCAAAGGUCUUCGAGGAGUACCAGGGCUUCAUCGAGAAAUAUGGCGACCUCAGCGUCAUCCCCACUCGCUACUUCCUUGGCCGUCCCGAUGUUGGCGAGGAGAUGCACAUAUCGAUCGAGAAGGGUAAGACACUGAUCAUCCGGCUCAUGGCUGUGGGCCCUGUAGUCGAAGGUCGCGCCCAACGCGAUGUGUGGUUCGAAGUCAAUGGAGAGGUUCGCGCGGUCUCAGUGGAAGACAAGAACUCUGCUGUUGAGACGGUUUCGCGGGAGAAAGCCACCACUGACCCUGGUUCUGUUGGUGCCCCAAUGUCGGGCGUUGUCGUCGAAGUGAGAGUGAAAGAAGGUCAGGAGAUCAAGAAGGGCGAUCCUGUUUGUGUUCUCAGCGCCAUGAAAAUGGAAUCGGCCGUCACAGCACCUGUAUCUGGCCACAUCAAACGAGUUGUGGUGCACGAAGGCGACUCGAUCAACCAGGGAGACUUGACGGUGGAAAUUGUCCACUGA